CACUACUAUAUAACAAAUAAUUUGAGGAUGUUGUUGACAGCAGUACUAGCAGUGCUGGUUGCCGCAGCACUUGCUGAUGAAACAGUAGCACCUACAACUACCUCCUUCGUUACCCCAACCCCUUCCAUGAUCGGCGAAUACUACAGACCUUAUUUCUGGCAAGAUCACCCCAACCUGUGUGGUAGACUGCCUGAACUCAAGAUUACGAACGAGAAGACGCUCAGAAGCUGGGAAUACUACUCCAACAUUGAGGGCAAACCUCAUCUUAUCUACUUAGCUGAGGCACAGUGCGGUACCUGCCAGUCCAAUGCUGCCAUUGCUGGCCAGCUCUCCAAAAGAUGGGAGGAGUACUCGAACAAUCCUCGAAGACAAGAUGAAGCCGUCGACAUGGGAGUGUUUGCCAUCAACAGGAACUUCGAACCCUCCAAAAAGAAGUUCAACAUGAUGAAGAACAGACUAGCUAAGCGAUUCAGCGUUGGUCCCUGGGUCUCUUUACACCAGGAUAAUGACUUGAGCAACUUUUGGGAUACACUGGGAGACUACCAGAUCGAGAAUACCGGGGAAUUCUUCAACGAGACAAGACAGUUCAGGUCCAAGAGAAACGAUAUGUACCUGGUCGACCAAUGGGGAAGGAUGAUAAGGUUCCUGAGAGAUGCCAUUCUGAUCAGAUCUAGGAAGCAGGACGCCGACACUAACCUACUUUGGAGGAACGUAAUCCAGGAGGUGAUGGUAGCAACCAAGGAGAGAAAGAGCGUAUGUGAUGAGCUCCAGCACGAGUGGCUCUACUGCCGGAUCCCUGAAGAGUGGGAACUGAACGGGGUUAGUUUUAGGAACCUCCGACAAGGCAGGGCUCUCACUGUUCUGGUUUUCAUCCGAGCUGAUAUGGACGAGUUCACAGUUAAUGGACUACUCCGGGACCUCAUUGAUCUGUCCGAGAGAUGGAACUCCCCAAGCUACGUGGUGGUGGCAGACUCCGUUCCUCAAAGUAAGACCCGGUUCGCUACAGUUGACCUGUACAUGCAGACCCGGAACAGUGACGUCAGACUCCUUCAAGACGAGGAUAACAAGGUUACAACCAAAUACUUCGCUGCUCCUGGAGAUCUCUUUGCCGUUGAUUCGCUGGGCCGCAUCAUUGGCUUCAUCAACCGGGUAAAUCUACAGGAUCCAACAGUCGAGGAGAAACUGAAGAACUGGCAUCUGAACUGGAACCCAGAGUGUGAGAUGUUCAUGGAGAGCAUCUACACUGGUACCGGAACCACAGGAACGCAACCCACUUAUACUCAACCCCACUUCUACACUACAUCCUUUGUGUACUAGUAAACCUACAACCCUGCAAGCCCUCAGAACUUCCAGCUUGGUUUGGUCUGAUAAAGGUAUUCUGGACUAGACUAAUAUCGAUUAAAAGCUAAGCUGAUAGACUAACGUUUUAUCUGUUUUGGUGAUGCUAUUGUCAAGACUCUGUCAAUUUGAGGUUUUAAUUUUGGCCUACGGGGUAUUUCUUUAGAUGAUUACAGUUUUGCAGUGUUUAUGACUAUAUUUAUUGUUUGAAACAAUAAAUGUUGCCCAUAUUAUCGAUAAUUUAGCAUUGUUAAUUUGUCUUUGCAGCGCAA